UGCUGGAGGAGGACAUCAGUACAUCUGCUGCAGCCAACAUGAAGUUUGUGAUCCUCGCCGCCGUGGCCGCCGUGGCCCUCGCCGCCCCCGACAGGACCUACGGCCCGCCAAGUAGGACCUACGACGCCUCGGGCUCCCAAGAAUCCGCGGAGAUCCUCAAGCACGACUUCGUCCUCGAGGACGACGGCAGGUACAACCUGGAGGUGGAGACCAGCAACGGCAUCUCCGUGGCCCAGCACGGCAGCCCCGACGGCCCCGAGGGCGCCGUGGUCAAGAGCGGAUCAUACUCCUACACCGCCCCUGACGGCACUCCCGUCCGCGUCAAGUUCGUCGCCAAUGAGAACGGCUACCAGCCCGAGUCUGACCUGCUGCCCGUGGCCCCCGAGUUCCCCCACCCUAUCCCCCAGUUCGUGCUGGACCAGAUCGCCAAGGCCGCCGAGGAGGACAGGAGGUCCAGCAGUCAGAGGGGCUACGACUAAACCAAUCCUUAAUAACACCACUUGAAGACUCUACUGUCAAGGAAGACGACAACACCAUGUCCUGAACACUGGCCGGGGACGCGUUCGUGUUCGCUGACUGGACGGAGUGGUCCAGGACGCAGCGAGUGAAUGAUUGUGAUGCUUGUUUAUUUAUUAGUGUGACAGAGAAAUAAAGCUAAGCAGUAUAA